GGCUUACCCUAUAACAGUGGCAGGAGGAGGAGAGCAAAGCUAUUGAGCCAGCGAGGAGUGAAGCUGAGCCUGGCCUCACACGCUCCUAGAGGACCACCUCCUGAGACAGAGUUCUUUUUCCCCCUUCUUCUUCUUUCUCCAAGCUCCCCUCCUGCCCUCCCUCCCUGCCCAGUACCAUGCAUUCUUGAGUGGCAGCGUCUGGACUCCAGGCAGCCCCAGAGAACCGGAGCAAGCCAAAGAGAGAGGACUGGAGCCAAGACACUCUGGUGGGGGAGCUUGGAUGCCUGGCUUUCUUUGAGGACAUCUUUGGAACGAGGGUGGCUUUGGGGUGGGGGGUUGUGCUGCAGGCAAUCCAGCCCGGCCCCAAGAUGGACACUUCUGGGCACUUCCAUGACUCUGGGGUGGGGGACCUGGAUGAAGACCCCAAGUGCCCCUGUCCAUCCUCCGGGGAUGAGCAGCAGCAGCAGCAGCCGCCGCCACCACCGCCAGCACCACCAGCAGCCCCCCAGCAGCCCCCAGGACCCCCGUUGCAGCCUCAGCCUCCGCAGCUUCAGCAGCAGCAGCAGCAGCAGCCACCGCAUCCCCUAUCUCAGCUCACCCAACUCCAGAGCCAGCCCGUCCAUCCCGGCCUGCUACACUCCUCUCCCACUGCUUUCAGGGGCCCCCCUUCAUCCAACUCCACCGCCAUCCUCCACCCUUCCUCCAGGCAAGGCAGCCAGCUCAAUCUCAAUGACCACUUGCUUGGCCACUCUCCAAGUUCCACAGCCACAAGUGGGCCUGGUGGAGGCGGCAGGCAUCGGCAGGCCAGCCCCCUGGUGCACCGGCGGGACAGCAACCCCUUCACGGAGAUCGCCAUGAGUUCCUGCAAGUACAGCGGGGGGGUCAUGAAGCCCCUUAGCCGCCUCAGCGCCUCCCGGAGGAACCUCAUUGAGGCUGAGCCUGAGGGCCAACCCCUCCAGCUCUUCAGCCCCAGCAACCCCCCGGAGAUCAUCAUCUCCUCCCGGGAGGACAACCAUGCCCACCAGACCUUGCUCCAUCACCCCAAUGCCACCCAAAACCACCAGCAUGCCGGUACCACCGCCAGCAGCGCCACCUUCCCCAAAGCCAACAAGCGGAAAAACCAAAACAUUGGCUAUAAGCUGGGACACAGGAGGGCCCUGUUUGAAAAGAGGAAGCGACUGAGUGACUACGCUCUGAUUUUUGGGAUGUUUGGAAUUGUUGUUAUGGUGAUAGAGACCGAGCUCUCUUGGGGUUUGUACUCAAAGGAUUCCAUGUUUUCACUGGCCCUGAAAUGCCUUAUCAGUCUGUCUACCAUCAUCCUUUUGGGUUUGAUCAUCGCCUAUCACACACGUGAAGUCCAGCUCUUCGUGAUUGACAAUGGUGCAGACGACUGGCGGAUAGCCAUGACCUAUGAGCGCAUCCUCUACAUCAGCCUGGAGAUGCUGGUGUGCGCCAUCCACCCCAUUCCUGGCGAGUACAAGUUCUUCUGGACGGCACGCCUGGCCUUCUCCUACACGCCCUCGAGGGCAGAGGCCGACGUGGACAUCAUCCUGUCCAUCCCCAUGUUCCUGCGCCUGUACCUGAUCGCCCGCGUCAUGCUACUGCAUAGCAAGCUCUUCACCGAUGCCUCGUCCCGCAGCAUCGGGGCCCUCAACAAGAUCAACUUCAACACGCGCUUCGUCAUGAAGACCCUCAUGACCAUCUGCCCGGGCACUGUGCUGCUGGUGUUCAGCAUCUCACUGUGGAUCAUUGCUGCCUGGACCGUCCGUGUCUGUGAAAGGUACCAUGACCAGCAGGACGUAACUAGUAACUUUCUGGGUGCCAUGUGGCUCAUCUCUAUCACGUUCCUUUCCAUUGGUUAUGGGGACAUGGUGCCCCACACGUACUGUGGGAAGGGUGUCUGUCUUCUCACGGGCAUCAUGGGUGCCGGCUGCACUGCCCUGGUGGUGGCCGUGGUGGCCCGGAAGCUGGAACUCACCAAAGCGGAGAAGCACGUUCACAACUUCAUGAUGGACACUCAGCUCACCAAACGGAUCAAGAAUGCUGCAGCCAAUGUCCUUCGGGAAACGUGGCUAAUCUACAAACACACAAAGCUGCUAAAGAAGAUUGACCACGCCAAAGUCAGGAAGCACCAGAGGAAGUUCCUGCAGGCUAUCCACCAACUGAGGAGCGUCAAGAUGGAGCAGAGGAAGCUGAGUGACCAAGCCAACACCCUGGUGGACCUUUCCAAGAUGCAGAAUGUCAUGUAUGACUUGAUCACAGAGCUCAAUGACCGGAGCGAAGACCUGGAGAAACAGAUCGGCAGCCUGGAGUCGAAGCUGGAACACCUCACCGCCAGCUUCAAUUCCCUGCCCCUGCUCAUCGCCGACACCUUGCGCCAGCAGCAGCAGCAGCUCCUGUCUGCCCUCAUGGAGGCCCGGGGCGUCAGCGUGGCGGUGGGCACCACCCACACCCCACUCUCCGACAGCCCGAUCGGGGUCAGCUCCACCUCCUUCCCGACCCCAUACACGAGUUCAAGCAGUUGCUAAAUAAAACUCCCCACUCCAGAAGCAUUACCCAUAGGUCUUAAGAUGCAAAUCGACUCUCUCCUGGUCACUUUGCCAUCAAGGAACAUUUCAGACCAGGGAUCGUAAAGAAGAGACACCGAGCUAAUUAACUAACUCAUGUUCAUUCAGCGUGCUUGGUUUGAUAUGCCUUGAAACCAGAAAUCUAAUCUCUGUUUAGGUGCCUCUACUUGGGAGCAGGAAGAGGAGAUGACAGGAAGCGACGCCUCUGGCAGGGCCCUUGCUGCAGAGUUGGUGGAGAGCAGAAAUCCACGUCCAAUCUCAGGUCCUCACGUGGGGAGGGGUGGGGGGUCAGAUGCACCGAAGUAGCCAGCAGUGAAGCCAGCCUGGAGGUGGGUCCGCUGGGGGGAGGGUGUGGUAGCAGGCUUGGGAGAUGGGUUCCUCACCCCUGGGGCCCUCCAGCCCAUUGCUUUCCUUUCCUUUUGUCUAAGGAAGCCCCCAGAGGACAAAAGUAAGAGAGAGCUGUCCACAGCUUGCCAAAAUAGAUGUUCUUUCCUCCCAUCCCUUACACAGUCAUACAAUUUAGACUGAAAGAAAAAUUGAUGAAUAAAAAGCCAGACUCUCCAUUCAAUAUUAAUACUCAGAUAAACCCAUGUAUUUGCAAGCGUGUGCAUGCACACACACACAUCCCACAUUCAACCCAGGUCUUUUCUUGUUUGCACUUGACCCAAGUAAAGAGGGACCUGGUACCUUACUCUGCACACAGAAGGCACUCUCUAAAUGCACAUUGAGUUGGUCUGAAUCUGGAUGUGGGUGCUGUCAGUUCAGUGGGUUUGCCAGUGUUGCCACAUUCUGAGCCUCACUGAAGACGCAGAUCCCUUCAAAUACAAAACAGGGUACACCAUGCUUGCUCUGAGAUGAAUGACAAGCCAAAAUUGGCAUUCUGGAGAGAUAAGCAGCCUUCUAAAAAUAACAGCUUCUGCAGAGUUUUUUAUCUUGUAUCCAAACAAGCUGUGUUCCACAGGAGUGCAUGAUCAGGUGUAUGGAUAUGAGGGCAGGGGAAGAGGAUCUGUGCACACAUGCACACACGUGUGAAUAGGUGCAACCCCAGGACACCUUCGUGAAUAGAAGUAUUGUCUGGGGGUUUGUUCAGUGAUAUUUAUCCAGUAACAGUUUUCCAGCCCCAGAUGUUAAGAGCACACAUGUGUCAAGGGCCUCACAUGAGAGCUGGGAGGAGAAGUGAUGAGUGACCCAGGUGGUCCCUUCUAUGUGACCUAAAACCAUGUCAGAGUGCAAGGUUUUGAAGAUAAAGGGAACCCUUAGGGAACAUUGUGGGUAAGAUGAGGUGACACAGAUUUGUCAGUAGCCUCUUCCUAUUGUGCCACGUUUAUCUCGGUGCAAAAAUUAUUGUAAUACUUCUCCAACUUCAAGAGGCUUCAGAAACAUCCAGAUCCAGUGUAUGACAGGAAUUGUGAGGACAGGGCAUCUGGAUGCAAGAUAUUUUUCUCAUACCACCAUCUAACCAUACAUAAUGCUUGUGAUGUGAAAACCAUCCAACUGCUCAUCACAUUUCUCAUUCCAAGGUCUCUGCUUGUGGGGACUUAAAUGAUACUGUAGGGAAUGUUUCUCUGUUUAGGGUAAAAUGAAGGAUGUCAUCUGUGGUGCGGAUGAUUGUCCUGUGGGGUAUCACAGGACAUCAUCCCCUUUCUGAAAGCAGAGUCUAGCUGUGGAGACUUCUACAGCUCUGGGCCUGGUCUCCUAAGGACAAGGGAAUAAUCAGACAGCAAAAGGUAGACAACCCUAGGAAGGCCACUCUUUCAAGAAGAUCUGGUCUCUUGUUAAAUUUCUUCUUUUAUCUUUUCUUACUGCUAUUGCUCUUCCCUUGAUGGCCUCAUUUUUAUCUCAAUAACUCCUUUGAGCAUUUUCCUUGGUUGUUUUGUAUACCAUAGAUGCCACACUUACUGCUGAAUUUUUUUUACUUGUUAUUUUACCUACUGAUUAUCUAAAAGAUCCGUAUCUUUUUUUAUGUCCCAAGAAUGGUGCUCCUGUUUUCAGUGACAGCUGAAAGUAUAAACAGACAGAUAAGCAGAUGAAAUAACCAUAUGUUUUCUUUGUGGCAUUAGUUCAUUUCACAGUGUGAAAAGCACUGACAGGUCAACCUGAGCAUGCCAAUCUCAGUCAUCUAAACUGCAGCCCUCAAUUCUGAAUUCCUAGUCACUCUUCCCAUUCCCCAGGUAGCCCUAUGAUGUGCGUGUGUGUGCACACGUGCACAUGUGCAUAUGUAGGGAUUUCAUUUGUAUUUCAAACAAAUGGCAUGCAAGAUUCCACUGUUACUCCUCCUGCCAAAAAGGAUGUGCAGACUGUCACUGACCCAUUGUUGUCUAUGGGUGGCUCUUCUUUAACCCAUCACUAAUACUGUUCACUUGGGUAAAUCCUAAUGACCAAGCUAGCAACGCUAGCAAAGAGAGUGGCUGGAGACACUUUCAGUAACAGCAGUCACUGGUAUCCUAGAAACACACAGGCGUUUGUAGUGUGACUAGACCUAUUGGUAGUGCAAUAGCUAAGUAUGGUUUUUCUCCUUGGGAAAAGAGUAUUUACUCUUCAAAAAAAGAAAAUGAUUGAAUUCGCAUGUUGACCCUCCGGUGGUAAAUGGGACGCUGCUUCUCUGCGCUGUUUCAGCUUUAGGUGAGGAAGUUACCCAUUCUCCUGCAAGUACAAUCAACCUCUGAUGACUUAGGUAUUGAUUAUCCAGGAUGUCACCCACCCGUUUCCUUCCUACAGCCCUUCUUUUGGCUAAGUCCACUGUGCCUCAGCAUCACAGUCAAAUAGGAAAGGGGGCCGGGUGGGUUUUCGUGUUACACCUUCUUCUCCUGUAAUUUCAAGUUUGGUGGUAGAGGAGAUUUAACUAUCUACUCAAGGGUUGGCUAUAUGAAAAAAAAAAAAACAAUUAAUUAUGGUAAUCCCACUCCAGUACUGAACUGAUUGAGUUCUUCCCCCUCCUGGAAGUCAGACCCAGUGGCCAAGCCCCUCCUAUAAUCUUUCUGUUAACUCUGUGUCAGAUCAAAGUAUACUCUGAUAUUCCCUAAAAUAUCUAGACACUUGAAUUAAAAAUAUAGAGCCACCCCCUCAUUGCUUAAGCCAUAUUAUAGCUUCAUGUACUGUAAAGGCAGGGAUGUAUAUGAUUACUUAAGACCACUAAUCUCAGUGGGGUUUCAGGACAGAACAUCAGUUGGUAAGUUAUACCAGACUAGGGGCUCACCCCUCCUUAGAUUGAAGUCCAAAUAAAAAUCUGCAUCAUUGGAUCAAAGGCCACAUAUGUGUGAUCAUCAUCAAUAAAUGAUCAUAAAGUAUCUAUGAGCUGCUCUUGCCAUCCUCAUAAUAUGUAACUUCAUGACAUCAUAUCUCUAGAAAGGUAUAAUAGAAUGCAAAAGAGCAAGAGGGGUAAGGCCUUGAAUCACCACUAACUUCUGACCUCAGCAAGUACCAGUGGUGUAACAAUAAUCUUGUAAGUGAGAGGGUAUAGGAAAUGUAUUCACAAGUAAAUUCUAAAGUGUUGAGCAGGUGCAAACUGUUGUUGUAUAUUAAAGGCUGGGAAGAAACAAUAUUGAAGAAAUAAUGAUUUCAGUACAUUUAGGGCUUUCCCCUUUGAUAUUUUAUAAUUUCUUAUGAAAGAGAAUAAAUCUAGAGAUACAGAAUCAGAAUAAAUAAAAAUCUAACACUGGAUCCACAUCUUUGGCCAAUGAAUAUAACCACCUCAGACCUCAAUUUCUCUAUACUUAAAAUGAAGAUAACAGUUAAUAUUCUUAAGUGUGAAGUACUCAGUAGAUUUUAAAAUGGAAUCGCUAUUGUCAACAACACCAGCCCAAACCAACUCUGUCUAGUCCACACUUUGGUGUUGCCUCAGAGUGUACUCAGUAGUUACCAAAAAGUAAUUCUUACAUACUGACCUAUGUGAAAUUAGCAGGGAGAGAAGCGUGGGAUUAGCACAUAGUCCCAAGACCUCUCUCCUCCUUCAGAGUGUACCUCAUCAAACAGUGCACCCCAAGUUAAGAAUCAGUGUUUCGUUCCAGAACCCAUGAUGUUGCUACCGUCACAGUACCAGACUGAGACACUGUGGAGUCAUUGCACUACCAGUAGGCUACUGCUCUUUUAAAGUUACUGCUUUUAAAUCAUAAAAUAUAUCCCCAGUUCUGCAGUCAUCCCACUUCCCUAGCUGCUGCUUAGAAGCAGAUGAAGGCUCCGUAAGUCAUCAUUUUGCUGCCCCUAUUGACCCUGCACGCGUUCGGUUUCAGUACCUUAGACAGCUACCUGAUGGCUUCCUGGUAGGCGGGAACAGCCUCUUCCCUUCCCAUCCUUCCGCUACAGUCGCUCGGCUUAAUGACACCCUGGACAGUAUCCCUUCCUUCUCUACUGCCGCCAAAGUAAACACUGUGGGAACGGGAUCACUGAUACCACUAAGAAAGGAAGGUUACAGGGAUAGCAAUAUUAAGUGUCUGUCUCUGGUGGUAGAAUAUAGGUGAGUUGCUCUUCAUCCUGAAAGCUUGUGCCAAGCUGCAUGAACAGAAAUUAAUGCUAAACUCCUGUCAGACAAGUAAUACGUAGAUUUUUACUAAAAUAGACUGAAGCUUAUUAAAAAGUUCUCAGUGGAAUGGUAUAGAAAUAUAUACAGAUAGAGAAAAAAAAUAACUGUGAUCUUUUUCCUUACACCAUUACUGGAAAUGCCCAAAUAUGAACUGGAGUUCCCUCUGAACAAAACCAUUAUCAAAUCGUCAACGUAUGACCUCCAAAUCUAGGUGCCAAGUGCCCUGCCACAGUUGUUUACACACCUGAGAAAUAUGUUCUGGAAGCUGUACUCUUGGGCUUGGACCAUGUGUUGAGACAAACCAAACAGACGUUGUGACCAACCAAGCUGAUGGAGGAAAAGCACAAAAUUCAAUACCAACCUAUAGUUCAGAUCCCAAAGAGAUGCUGAAUUUAUAGCCAAAAAAAAUUUUUUUUGACAAAUCAAAUAUCAAUCUGAUCGGAACAGCCAACAUGAAAGUUCACAGAAGGAGGACAGGGAAUAAACAACAUUCUCUAGCUGUAUCAUAUCGUCUCAGUGUUUGAACCUCAACCAGGACUGAUCUACCUUCAUCAGACACACCUUUUAAUGGCGCAACAACUCAAUGUUGGUCCCAGACUCUCCAUUCUGCACUGACCGGAAGAGAACAACAGAAGAGGGCAGCAGGAUGUCAAUGGAGGAAAGAUAUCCAUGGCAAACUCAGAAACUGAUGUGUUUAUAUUCAGAAUCAGAUGAGCUUCAAUAUGAAUUUGCAUCUUGCCUCUGUACUGCUUGCUAUUUUUUAAUGAUAGGAGAAAGUAUAACAGUUUAUUUUAAAUAUGAAAUAUGUUGCUAUAUUAUAAAAUAUAUUGUAACUUUCAAUUACCAUUUUGUAUCAAACUAGUCUUUAGCAGGUACAGUGUCAACCUGCUCUCCCAACGACUGUUUCUGAGUACACAUCACUGUUAGUGACUGCCUGACACCCAGACCAAGGGUCCUCAGCCUACUGAACUGCCAUAUUCUAAUUCUCUGAGACCUGAUUAAUAGAGAUAAAAGAACGCUAUACCCCACUUAGAAGACUAAUUCUACCCUAAAUUCUUUCAAGCCAUUUCGGAAAAGAUUUUAAAAGCCAUCACUCCUUUAGUAGCUGUGCAAAGCCAGUUUAAUUAAAGGGCAGGCUCUUUUUAUCUAAAUGCAAAGGCCCUGUUACAUAAAUGAUUUGUCUCAAACUCAGCCAAUCAGUUUUUCCUUUGGCAGUGGCAGAAUGGGGCAUAAGGAAGGGUCUUGUUCUCCUGUGACACAAAAGAUUCAGACUCCUAGGCAUUGUAAGUUUCUCUGUGUCAGAGUAUAACUGGGAUUGGAACUGCAUUUCCCUGGGGGCUCAGUGAGAGCCCAGUGGGCAGUUAUGCUUUUUUGAGUCAGCUCCUUGAGGGAGCCAGGUUUCCACACAUUUAAACCACAACAUGGAGCACAGCUCCUAAGGGGAUGAAGGGAGGAGGCAGGACAUGCAAAGAGCUGGGCUUCCCUGUCUGCUAGUUUGGCUGGGAGGAAAGAUAGAGUUUCCAUCAAGAUGUUUUCCUUUAUCAGCAAAACUGUGACAAAUUUUCUACUUCAGCAACUACAAUAUCGAUGUCCUUCCUUCUCUGAUAGAGCAGUUGAGACACAUGUGUAAAAUUUCUCACUUCCUUCCUUUGGCCAUGGGACUAUUUGUAGAUGAAAACGGGAUGCAUUUGGUCAUAGAAUGAAGGCUCCCUGGAAUCAGUGGCCUCCUCCUGAGGAGGACCCUUGCUUGUUAUCACAUUGGUAAAAUAUUGCACAGAUGCACACCAAGAAGCAUCAGAAUAGAUUCUUCAACUGAGUGUAUCUCUUCCCUUCACAAUCUCUGAAAAUUCACACAGAUGUACUGAUAGUGCAAAAUAGUAGGUUUUCUCCUGGGAAAAAGGCUGGAAUCCUCUCACACUUCCAUUUUAUUUGAGCUUAAAUAUAGAUAAGGCUGGGGGCUCAGUAAUGUUUUCAUGCCAUUCGAAAGAGAAAUAUCUAAAUGCCCAGCUUCAAUCGGCUCAUGUGGCUGAGAGCUAACUUGGAGACGCAUUUCAUUUUCAUUCAUUAAGCCUUUUAUUUUGUAUUGGAGUAUAGCCGAUUAACCGUGUUGUGAUAGUUACAGGUGGAUAGCAAAGGGACUCGGCCACACAUAUACAUGUAUCUCUUCUCCCCCAAACUCGCUCCCAUCCAGUUUCCCACAUGACAUUGAGCGGAGUUCCCUGUGCUAUACAAUUUGUCCUUGUUAGUUAUCCAUGUUAAAUAUAGCCGUGUGUACCUGAACACACAUUGUAUUUUUAUUGAGCUGAAUUCUCUCAGUCUCUAUACUGGUCCUCAGUUACAUGUUUGGCUGAGCUCCAUUAAAGCCAUCAGAACUCCAGGGCACCCGUUUUUAGCAAGUUACUCACUCGGUAAUAGAAAUUAGUUUAUUCUCAAUUUUAUAAUUGACUGAUGAAUGUACUGGUGGUAAUUUAUUUGUCUCAUAAUACUUUUCUGCUACUAAAUAGAACUGUCUCUUUUGGCUUUUCCUUCUAGCUGUUCUCAGACGAAGACUUCUACGUUUAUAGAGAGUGUUCUGAUUUUUCUACUCAAAGUUAUUAUUCCAUCUAGAAUUAAGAAAACCAAUACAAAUUCCUGAUUUGGGGAAAAUGGGACCUUUGGACAGCAAUUCAGGCAUGUAGCUAUAUGCUGACAGUUGUAAGUCAAAGUGUGGUCCACAGAUCGGCAGCAUUAGCAUCACUUAGGAACUCGUUAGAAAUGCAGAAUCUCGGGCCCCAUCCCAGACCUACUUAAUCAUAUUAGGCAUUUUAACAAGGUCCCCACAUGUGGUAUACAUAUUAAUUGUAAGCACUGUCCUGACCACACAGCAAUGGUAAAUAACAUUACUAUUCAGAAAAUCAAACUCUUUCUUCCUUGACCCUCAUGUAUAGAAUUAUUUGAUGAAGUAAAGGUCCCAUAUGAUCAUAAAAACAAAUGCACCUUAAAAUUCCUCUUGAGGUCAGAUAGCUCGAGUGGUAUAUACAAAGAAGCAGUCUUUUCCCAGUCUUAUUUAAAAGGACUCGCUUCCCCCGUGAGCCAUCUCAAAGCACCUUUUUAAGAUUUUUGUUUUAGUGAAUGCUGGCAGGGCCAUCAGAAUAUCAGGUGGUUCCUCGGGCCAGGUCCCCUGGAAGGCCACCUGGCUCCCUGCUCAGCAUAAUGCAGAAAUAGCUGCAUCUGUGUUCCUCCCUUGACAAACUCAGCAUCCUACCAGUGGGAACUCUCCUCCCUAGAGGAAACUAGCAAGAGAAGUUAGUUUAACCAUCUAGAAACAUUCCUAAUCUCUCUUUAAACCAAGUCUCUUAUUCAUUACACCAACCUGACACUCUGAGGUAAGCAAGGAAAGAUGUGAAUUGUGAUAUUGGCGCCAUAAAUUGAUAUGUACCCAGAAACAGUUAUGUUCUGAAUUAAUGGCUUUAACCUGUUCAUUGUAAAAAGUGCCUUGGACUUCAAUCUAAAGAGGUCAGUAUAAAUAUAUGUGUGUGUGUGUGACAUAUGUAGGCAAAUACGAUUUAUACAUACAUAGGUGCACACACAUAUACCCUGCACAUUCAUAUAUAACAUAUACAUACAUAUAUAAAUGCUUCGUAAUAUAUCAUAUUGCUAUUUGCAGCUCCAUUUCUUUUGUCUGGUCCUAUGUUUAUUUGUUCAGUGAGACCUUUACAUAGAGAGGUUCUAUCCAGGACAUUGAUGUAUUUUUUUGUUUGUUUUUUACUUUUUAUUAAAAAGGUAAAGGAUAUAAAAAGUCAAGUGCCUGAAGGUUUUGAAUGGAACUGUGGUCAACUUUCUCAGGUCGCCAAAAAGGAAAUUGAAUUUGCUUUCGGGAACCAUUUUUCUGUUUCAGUGGCUUGUUGUUCUCCCUCUGCAGGACUGCCUAAGUAAAAGUGGUUGCAGUGA